AGUAGGUCAAGGAAAUUUGUAUUCUCAAACUUUGUCGGGCUCCAUCCAAAGAAGCUACCAUCCAACUAUUAUGAUUAUAUACCUUUCAGUUCUUAAGAAGAAGACGUUUUAAGUAUUUGACACAUUUGACUCCUGUGACCUUGAAAGCAGGUCAAUGUUAUUGUCGUUCUCAAACUUUGUCGGGCUCUUACCAGCGAAGCUUUUCAGCUAAAUAUUAUGACUCUAGGCCUGCCCAUUCUUCAGAAGAAGUCGUUAAAGGAAAACCAACCACUACACCAUUGCAAUGCAAUUCCCGGCCCUGUACUACUAGGUCGUGUAAGUACCACUACUGUCCUAACAUCGAUUGGAGAGUAAUUUUAUACAAAGAUACAACGAGUAAUGGGUCACCGCGUACUCGAUAGGUUAUAUAGGAAACCGUAGCAAAACUAAGACCAAUUGUUGGAUCAAAAUUACUUAAAAUGUCGUUGAGCCUUGAAAGUUUUCUAAUAUAACAAUACUGUGCAGUUUGCUUUUUUUGCUUGUAUUAGUGAUCUUUGCUGUUUCUUCAAGAGAGGCAUUUUAAUUAAAAUGACAACAUGUAUGCUACAAAUGGCUAUCAACUUAAAAUUGAAAAACACCAGGCUGACUGGUGUAUGCCAAUGUAGUACGUCACUUAUUACCUUGAAUUAACGUCCUAUCCUUAUUUCAAUGAAUGUCAUUAACAAUUGCAUUAACAUUAACAUAUACAAAUAGACAUCUGUGUACGUUAAACAAAGAUCGAUAAUCAAUACUAAUGCUUACAAAGUAAUUCUGAUCAGAUAGCACCAUUAGUUCCUGAUAGAGGAUAUUGAUAACUCUAUUCAUCUUCUGAAGAUCCUUCCGUUCCAAAUCAGAUUUAAAACACGCACAUAUAUGUCAUUUAAUAGCGAAUAACCCCACAACACACACACACAUUCAGACUUUGUAACUUGAUCGGAGUUACCCUGGUCAAGCUGGUAACGUUAGAACAAUAUUAUGAACUCUGUUGUCAAAAUUACCAUGCAAAACCUAGACCUACCUACCUGUAAUGAAUCUUUGAUAAAAAUUCGACAACUUUUUCGAGUGUUUGUUGUCAUGUGACCGAUUUUAUGUUUCCUGGUAUUGUGUGUUAUUGAUAGCAUCGGUGUAAAAACCGGUCUUAAAAGGACCCCAGUUAUGUCAUGUGAUGUUUUACACUUGUGUCAUUGGCUGUUUUAUUUAAGCCCUUCACAGUAAAUUUCCAUCACGUCAUAGCGUGAUUACAAAUAUGCUCAGAUUUUUGAAAUAGCGUCACUUUGUUGGGGGGGAUCAGGGAGGUCCGUGGUAUCAUCUCAAUCUAGAGGGUUCUCCUUUGAAGGAUGGACUUCUAGUGCAUAAAUAACAACGGGUAUGUUUUAAAGUUCUGAGGAUAUAUAGUAGGUCUAUCUGUGUAAAACUUUAUAUGAAGUAACCACGUAGUCUAUAGAAACACUCAUGAUGUCCUGUCAGUUUAGUCGGAACUUUAAAUCGUGUCAUAUUUUGGUGAAAUAGCUUUGCAAAUGUUUCCUGAAUAUGGUGCUAAUACGUUUGAAGUCGGAUGAUUUGAAUUCGGUUUACGGAAGCCGAGUAGAGACUACUCAAUGAAACAAUGAAUUGUGAUACUUGUUUGCAAUUAAAUCGUCCAAUGAUGUAGUCUCAAAAAUUAGCGUUUUCUUAUGGAUUUACCUUCUGGAUUAUGGAUUCCUAUUACUUUAAUUUGAUGUCAGCAUCCAGCCAAACGUAAGAAUACUAUUGUAAAGAAACAGUUUGCCAUGGAAUCAAAUGUGAAUGCAGAGCUAAAAGAUCUCCAUAACAAAAUGGUGUGCAACAUAAGUACCGAAAUAUUUGGAGACCAAUUGGAGAAAGUGAAAUUUCUAUUUAAGGAUAAUCCGCUGACACCGUUUGAUAUGUUUCAAAUUAAAAACAUCGAAACACUCUUCGAACGUCUAAUGAAUUACGAAACAAUUGAUUAUGGAAAUUACCAAAAGUUUGUAACCGCAAUCAGUUGCAUACAUCCGCGCGUGUGUUCAAUAGUACAAAGACAUGCUGAGAAAAUCAACAAACUGCAGGGUAACCUAGACGAUCAAGCUAGACAGGAAGUCAUGUCAGCAAACAUCAGUGGUAUUUCCAUCAGGCAGGCAACAUCCAUCAGUUUUAUUCGCGACAGACAGGAAGACAUGGCAAAACUCAUCAGUUUAAUUUUUGACAGACAGGAAGACAUGGCAAAAAAAAUCAGUGAUGUUUCCACCAGGCAGGAAGAUUUAGCAACAAACAUCACAGAUAUUUACAACAUACUGAAAGACAAAGCAAGGGAUAUACAUAACUUCAAAGGUGAGCUGGUUCCUGCUAAGAAUGUCACAACAGCAAACACAAGCCAUACCAAAAAAAUCCAUCCUGACUUAGAACUCAUGAUAGAAACAACCAAAGCCAAGAUCAGAAAAGAAAAAGAGAAAAAGUUUUACCACACCAAAGGUUUCUGUGAUGCUAAAGUCAAGCUCCAAAAGAACAGGGUUGUCGUCAUCAUGGGAAACACGGGAGACGGUAAAACGGCAAUCGCCGUUCAACUCCUUCAUUGGCUGAGUCAGGAGAAAGGAGUCGGACAACCCCUCCAGCUUCACAAGAUUAAGAAAUUAGAUUUAUUGGCUCCAAACUUAAAACUGAUCACUUUUAUUGAUGAUAUUUUUGGUGAGAUAGAUGUGUUUAAAAAAGAUGUACAAGAGUGGAACAAAAGAGUCUCAGAUGUAGAAACGCUUUUUCUUGAUGAGCAAACAGUGACAAAUUUUCUUCUCAUUACUGUUCGCAAUGAAGUAUUCAAUUCUUUAGAAAAACGUUAUAUGGGAAGAAUUUUUACCAGAGACAACUUGAUUGAUCUUAGCUCUGAUACAUACAAAGUUGAAGAAGAGAAAAAAAUACUAUUAGAGCUGUAUAAGCCAGAAAACUUUUCAUGAACAGACAAAGAAAAAAUACAAAUUUUAACUUGCGCACCAAACAUUGGAUUCCCACAAUGUUGCCAGCUUUUCUACAAUUCUGAAGAAUUGCAGAAAGAACGAGUUGGAUUUUUUGCUAAUCCUUUUCAUUUCUUGAAUGAAUUAAUGACAAGAUUACAAGAUUGUUCUGCACUUUUGUUUCUCUUCCUCAAUAAUGGUAUGAUAAGUGUAAAAGAUCUUGAUCAAAACAGUCAAAAUGUCAACCAAAAAUUGCUGGAAGAAGCUUUUGAUAUCAAUUUAAUUGAUGGUGAAAAAGGCAGUACCAAAUCGAAUUAUAAGCAGAAAGUAGGAUUUGUAAAAGAAAAUUUAGAGAAAUUGUUAGGAGUUUUAGUAGUGAAGGAGAAACAUUGGUGGUCUGGUGAGGAUGUGUACAGAUUUAAUCAUGAUUCUAUUUAUGUUGCUGUGGCACUUUUGUAUGGAAAAGUCACACCAAUUGGCUACAUACAGAAUUGUCCCAGCAAAUUCCUCAGUUAUCUAACAACCUCAGACACAGCUACAAACAGGAUUGUCAUAUCAUCUGAUCAUUAUACAGAAAUGUGUGAGCGUCUACUCCGAGAGUUUGAAUGUGCGACGUAUCCAUAUGGUACUAGUAUUGGCUCUCUAGAUGUAUGGAAUGAUCCUGUAUUUGUUAAAAGAUUUGUCUGGUUUUUGAAUGACAGAAAAGUUGAUAAAUUUGCUGUGUUGAAUAAAGCAUGUUCUUCUGGUGCAGAAGAAUUUGUUUUAUAUCUUCUGUCUGAAGGUGUAAAACCUGACAAGGAGACAGCAUUGAUAUUGGUUAGUAGACAUUGGAAUGAUGGUUACAGACAAGUGUGUUUACUUAGGAAAUUUGUUGUAUACUUGAAUGAUGAGACAAAACUUGAUGUUUUGAAUAAAGCGUGUUCUUCUGGUGCAGAAGAAUGUGUUUUAUAUCUUCUAUCAGAAGGUGUUCAACCUGACAAGAACACAGUAAUGUCAUUGAUUAGUAGUAGACAUUAGAAUGAUGGUGACAGACAAGUGUUUAUUUAGGAAAUUUGUUGCACACUUGAAUGAUGUAACAAAACUUGAUGUGUUGAAUAAAGCAUGUUCUCGUGGUGCAGAUGAAUGUUUUAUAUCUUCUGUCAGAAGGUGUAAAACCUAACAAGGACACAAACGUGUGGUCAUUGAUUGACAGACAUCAGAAUGAUAGAAACAGACAAGCGUGUUAACUUAGGAAACUUGUUGUAUACUUGAAUGAUGAGACAAAAGUUGAUGUGUUGAAUAAAGCAUGUUCUUCUGGUGCAGAAGAAUGUGUUUUAUAUCUUCUGUGUGCGGGAGUUGAACCUGACAAGGAGACAGUGUUUAGUGUGGUGGAGGGAGGGAGUGUGAAAGUGUUACGUAAACUACUGCAGUAGCUGGAGUUGUAUGCUGGGUAACAGGGAGCUUUGUAUAUAUUUAUGUCAGUCUUACCCAGCACUAACUACAGCUGUAGAUAAUGACGGGAGAACGGUGUUACAUUGGAGUUGUAUGGUAGGUAACAGGGAGGUUUGUUUAUAUUUAUGUCAGUCGUACGCAGCACUAACUACAGCUGUAGAUAAUGACGGCCGCCAUUGUCUACAUGACUUAGCUAGGUUUAUUUUGAUUUCUCAAUGAAACGUGCAAUUAUAAUCAACACAAACUUUUUAAAACAAUUCUGUUCAAAGCUCAUGUCAUGAUGAAUGUUUUAACGAGCACAUUUUAUCGGUAAAUAUUAUAAAAUAUGAUGAGUUUUUUCAGUCCAAGUUUACCGAUCUUUAAGCUCCGGAAAAAAUACGGCCAGGGGGUGUCCUCUUUCAGGUGCGAGAUUUUGAGUUUUUCCUUGGAAAAUAUUAAGACCUGAAUGGAGUGGAUUGUAUCAGGUUUGAAAUAAGAAUAUGAUGUUUUAUCCUGUUUUGAAUAUUACCAACAUUGUCAUGUUAUAUGUAAUUUUAAAUGUGCUGAAGCAUUUUGUAAAAUGCUGUGGAAAUAUUUCUUCCCAAAUGAAUCCUCAGUAGUAGUAAACUUUGUGAUAAAUUGUUGAUAAAUCUUAAUGAUAUAAUGAUUAUCUAUCGCUAAUUAAUUAUGAUUAAACAUGAUGUCUGGAGUAAACAGUGUACAGUUAAUUUCACAUUUCAUCUUAACAGACUUGUUAGCAUAGUCAUUUUAAGGUAACCUAUAUAUCAGAUCCCAUUUUGGAAUCACUGUUAACUCCUUUGGUGCCAAUCAGACAUGAUAGAUUUAUUUGACAGCUUUCCUGCCUUUAAGCGGGCCUCUUGUUCAAGUUGUUGAGGUUUUAUGAGAUGAGAAACAAUAGUCAAACUCUGCAGCUACCAAUACAAAAAUACAAGAAUAAGGAAUGAGUGAAAUUUUAGGUAAGCUCAAUAAUUUCUUUUUCUUUUUAACAUUCUUGCACAAUUGAAACGUAAUAAAAUAGACAAAUUCCAGUAUGAUUUUAAAAGCAAAUUCAUUCACAGUUGCUUUUUUUAUUAUUGUUUUUUUUUUAUUCUGUAGCGUAUGAGUAUUUCAAGUGAAAACUAGUGGCAGGAUUUCAUACUUAUUUCAUGUUUAUCUGUUGAAAUUAGCGAGGACUGUGAUAAACCUGCAUACAACGAAAAACUAGCAAAUGGAAACUGUUCAAUAAAAAUCAUAACAAAUAUUUGUCAACAAAUUCACUUGCUUGAAAUGGUCAAAAUUACUUUCUACGCGAUGACUGUGAUCCAGUGUUCUAACAAAUAUAACUUAAAUACGCU